AUUAUUUUAUAGAAACGAUGCCGUCCAUUUGUGUUACGAGGAUCGAACUCUGAUUCCUGGACAACGUGCUUCAUUCUGCCUGGCGGCAUGUCAUAACACGUUACGCGGUUUUCGCGAUGAUUCGCGGAGUGACAGUCGUUUAACGACGCAUGUCGAGCGAAAACGACACGUCGCGCAAUUCGAUUACACGAAAUCACGCAUGUGUGUGCGCGCUGCGACCCAAUCGCGCCGAUCAGGAUGUCGAAAGCCGACUUGUUUCAUGAACAUCGUGUAAUGCAUAACAAUCUUUAUUCGCCGUACUUUCCGAUGUGCAAUCUGCUUUGAAAAAUGUUCCGCGGAGCAUCGCAGCGCACAAAGAUUAUUCAUAGCAGUCCACGCUAGUAACAUAAAUCCUCUCGCUAUUCACUAGACGAGCAUUCGUGCGCGAUUGAAUCGAGCAGUCGAAUUUACAUCGCCGUUGGUGGCGCAUGAAGAAUGGUGUCUAUAUCGCGCGACAUGCAUAAAAUAUACUCGCUUCCUCCUUCCUCUCCUCCAUCUCCUCUUCUUAUAACGACGCGGCGUAUUUUUGUCGUUGACCCGUUGCAGGAUACCAGAAUUAACGUGCGCCGAUCGAUCGUUUCGCAGGACGAGAUACAUGAGGGACGAGUCCUCCCUCGCGCUCCCUAUAAUAACGCUAUCGAUCAUCCCCGCCUUUUAAUUACGUCAGCCUAUCGGCGGCUUUGAGGGUACAUCGCUUCUAUUGAUAAUGCAUAUAAUACGUCAUUCUUGCGGGCCGUGACGUGAAAACGCGUAUCGCCUGUCUCUAUUUUAUUGUAUUUGACACCCGAGCGCGGAAAUAGAAUCGCGAUACACGAACGCGCGCGCGCGCGCGCGCAUACACAUACGCGUGAGGAAAUUAGCUUGCGGUGUCUCCAAAAUUUCAAAGCACCCUCCUCUCCCACGUCAGUUAUCAUCAUCACAGCUUUUACGAUCAUGUGAAAUGACUGCAGAAGUGAAAAGAAUUCCUAUAUAUAGCACUGCUUCCAAUCUAUCUUUUCCUUUAUUCGUGAACUUGAAUCCCAGGCUUCUGUGUGAACAUCGCAGACUUUAGGGUACCUAAUGCACUUUGUGCCACUGUGUGAUUCAACAGAAUAUUGGAUUUAUUGUUAAAAUUAUACUUGGUCGAGUCUCUCUUGCUCUCGAAUAUCUGGGGUAUCGAAGCAGCCAGUUCGCGUUGUCCAAUUCGCGCGGCUCCCGUCUGCGAAUCCGUACAGCAACCCGGCGCAUAUCGAUCUGCCUUUCCGCCGUGGUGUGGGCCAGACACAGUCUUGACGUUAACCUUGAACUUCGACCUCGGCAUUAGCGAUCGGCCGCGAAAGUCACCGUCGCGAUCCGCCCACGCAGAUUGACGCGAUUAAUCGAGUCUGCUUAGUGAUCGAGCGACCGAACGAGCGACCGAACGAGCGAGCAAACCAGUUUGCUCCAAUGAAGAUCAGUCGGUUGGCGUUAUCCGAACUACCUGCAUAAAAUUCAUCGACGGUUCAAUUUCUGAAUACGCUUGGGAUGCGCUUUUUUUCUCAAAGCGAGAACUCGCAAUUGACGAACCGUUACUUACACUUUCUUCCGUGGAGUACUCGAUUGAUCAUUUAUCGUUCGAUCGAGCGGCAUUCGCCGUAGAUUUCGACGCGUUCGGCGACCUCGUCGCACAAACAAGUGCAGCGGAACAACCUAGGCAUCCUAAGCAAGCGCGCGUGACGCCCGUGCAUGUGCAUUUCGUGCAACCGCUCGUGCAUUACGUAAGUCACGGGCUGUCGCGGCUUCGUGUCCCUCCGAGAGGCGAGGCGAAUCGAUGCCGAUGCUGAUGGCGAGACAAGACAAUCGCAUUUCCUGCGUGCGUGUGUGAUCAAGGUCGCGAGCAGGCGAAUACGUGCAAGUCGGCCGCGCGAGUACGCGCGAGGGAACAGCGAGUUCGUUAUUUCGAGACGGCGACGCGACGGGACGCGAGAAACUGCAUAAAAGCCGGCGAUAAAUAUUUUUAGAGCUGCUCGUCGUGCUGCGCGCGCGGAGAAGUGCGUUUUUAGAAGCCGUUUGGAGAGCGCGGACCGCGCUUUUUUAUAAUAAUCUUGUAACGCGACCUCGCGCACGGAGAACAUCAACGUCGCUCGCUCCGCGCGAUUACUUAAUAUCAAGCUCGCCAUGUAUGCGCGCGUAUGCUCGUAUGGCUAAUUUUCAUUUUAAUUAAAUUCACGAGACGUUCUGUCGCGCGAUCCGAGUUUUGCGAUCAGAUAACGAUCGGACGCGCAUCGCAAAAAUAAUAAGUCGGCUACGAGUGCCUGCUUGCACGCAGUAACAACUUUCCGAAGACUUGAGCCUUUACGUCUCUACCUCCGUCUGUCUUUCUCUCCCUUUUGCUCUUUUUACAAUUGCGAGGGAAAAGCGAAAUAAAUUAUCAAAAAAAAGCGAGAUUUAUGCCGCGACUCUGCCGUCAUCCCUCUUGAUCUCACGAAAACGUGUACGACAGUGCGUGGCGAGGAGGGAGAGAGGAAAGGAUCCUCCACCGAGGGAAAAGAAGUCAACGCCGACCGCACGCGUUUCUUGCGAAUUUCUUCGACGGGCAGUUUUUUCUUCACCGGCGAAAGGCCGCCGGCGAGCAACGACGGCGGGAUCCCGAAUCAGCACAUUCGUCUUCGCGUCUGCUCCCAAUAUCUCGCGAGGGAUUCCCGAGGGAGACGACUGCCCGCCCGCCGCCCACUCGCGAAUUUCUGUCGGUCCUCGACCGGCGGCGACCUCACCGCGAGGGUGAGAGAGAGAGAGAGACUCCUCCCCCGGUCUCUUUCCCCUCGGGCGUCUUAAGCGCGCAAAAAGCGUAAAAUACGGCUGUCUGCGCCGACGGGCUUUUGAUCUCGCCGAUUUACGCGCAUUCGCGCGUGCCUCUUGCCGCGAUAUUCAUUCCUCGGUUUUAUGCAGUUUCCACCGGAGAAUACAUCGCGUUUCGGAGUGCAUCUCGGUUGCCCCUCGGGGACAACGCUGAAAAAUUCGGUAUUUCCGUUCCUCGCGCGGGCACAAACGGAAUGUAGCAAAUUCGGUGUGCAAGCUCUCGGUGUGCGAGCCUUCGGGUCGCGAAACACGAGUACGUGCUUCUAGCGUUUCGUGCGAUCGGACAGCUGUGCGUACUUCAUCACACGCCGUCCAGUCAAUCCAAUCCGACUCGAUUGGCCGCGUGAAACGCGGCUCUCCAUCUCGGGCUUCGGUUUCUGGUCCCUCUCGUCGUCCCGCUUCGUUCUCCGGUGACGAGAUAAUUUGACGAAACGACAGAGAAAGGACACCGGCUCUCGAGAGGCAAGACGAGAGAGAGACUCGCGCCGGCCACGCUCGGCUGUUUUGCAAUCCGGGCCACGAUAAAAGUUGAAACGUUGCUUACAUCCGUGACUAAUUGCACGCGUCAUGUCUGGCACACUUAAGGCGAUGUUUCCUCGGAUCGGUUCGUCGGCGGGAUCCUCAUCUCGAUCCGCGUUUCAUCCGAAAAGGAUGCACCGGGUGUCCAGCGGAGAAAAAUACACCGGAUUAUUCGUCGCGAAAUACGCGAUAGGAGAUAAAAAGAGAAAUAACAUGUUUACGGAAGAUAUGUACGUCGCGAUUUCGCGUUUCACGGUCGGAUUUUGCCGCGAUUAAUCCAAGAACUGCGCGGCAACGUAACCGUUCGCACCGACGAUAAAAUCGCCGAGAGAUAAUGACGCGCGCGCAAAUUGUGAAUAAAUCAGUUAAUAAGGCUGCGAUACGUCGGAGUCAAUCGUUGCGCGUGUAUCGAUUUAUAUAAAUGCGCUUUCGUAAAUCCCUGCAGCGUAUUCCGCACUUUUCGGACGCGCGACCUUGUUCAGUCAAAACGUUCUGCAACGUUCGAAAUUUUUUGUAACGAUAACCUGGAAAGUAAAUAUCUGUGAAAGUUUGGCUAGAGUGUGCUAUUGCCUCAAGCCCUUCAGUGAAAGGGAGCAUGAACUAGUCAGUGAACGCUCUGGGAUUCAAGGUCUCUCCGAUUCGGUGAAGGAUUCCUGUUUAUCGACGCGUGCCCUUUCCCCGCUCCUGAAACCGCUCUUCUCUUUGCUGUAGAAUAAUUAAGUAACCGGUCGUGCGAUCGAUCACGAACGAACCAAAGAAGUGCAGUAGUGAGCAACCAUACCAAAUCGAUACCAAAAGAAGGAAAUUUAGCUCGAGCGAGGGUGGGCCAGCAGACAGGUGGACUUGCGCGAGAUGAGGCGGCGUGGACGGAGCGAGAAUUCCGUCUGAGAGAGAGAGAAAGAGAGAGAAAUUAAAGCAGGAAAGGAGUGUGCCCAGGGGGUGUGUGUCUGUGUGAAAAAGCCGGCGAGAUAGAUCGGUCCACGGUGACGAGUGAAAGUAGAGCGGGCAAGCAGCCGGGCAAGAUGAUGAAGAAGGAGAAACCGAUGAUGUCGGUGACGGCCAUCAUCCAGGGGACCCAGGCCCAGCACUGGGCACGUGGCAACACCUGGUUGAGCUUGGACAACAGCAACAUGUCGAUGUCAUCGGUGGGCCCGCAGAGUCCUCUCGACAUGAAGCCCGACACGGCGCUCAUCAAUCCGGGAAACUUUAGUCCAUCGGGUCCUAACAGUCCAGGAUCCUUCAAUGCUGGUUGUCACAGCAACCUCCUGAGUACGUCGCCCAGUGGCCAGAGCAAAACGCCUUAUCCGCCUAAUCACCCAUUGUCGGGCAGCAAGCAUCUGUGUUCAAUCUGCGGCGAUCGUGCGAGCGGGAAGCACUACGGCGUGUACAGCUGCGAGGGAUGCAAAGGUUUCUUCAAAAGGACCGUUCGCAAAGAUCUGUCGUACGCCUGCCGCGAGGAGAAAUCCUGCAUCAUCGACAAACGGCAGCGGAACCGAUGCCAAUACUGCCGGUAUCAGAAAUGCCUGGCGAUGGGGAUGAAAAGGGAGGCGGUACAGGAGGAACGUCAACGCACCAAGGAGCGGGAUCAGAGCGAGGUAGAGAGCACCAGCAGUUUGCACGCAGACAUGCCGAUCGAGCGCAUCCUCGAGGCCGAGAAGCGGGUCGAGUGUAAGAUGGAGCACCAGGGCAAUUACGAGAAUACAGUGUCACACAUUUGCAACGCCACGGACAAACAACUGUUCCAGCUGGUGGCAUGGGCGAAGCACAUCCCGCAUUUUACGUCGCUGCCGCUGGAGGAUCAAGUACUUCUCCUCAGGGCUGGUUGGAACGAACUGCUGAUAGCCGCUUUUUCCUACCGUUCCAUUGAAGUGAAGGACAGCAUCAUCUUGGCGACAGGCACCACGGUGCAUCGAAACUCGGCGCAACAGGCGGGCGUGGGCACGAUAUUCGAUCGCGUACUCUCGGAACUCGUGUCGAAAAUGCGUGAGAUGAAAAUGGACAGGACUGAACUCGGAUGUCUCAGAUCUAUUAUUCUCUUCAAUCCCGACGUGCGAGGUCUCAAGUCCACCCAGGAGGUCAGCUUGUUGCGCGAGAAGAUCUACGCCGCGUUGGAAGAGUACACUCGCGUAUCCUCGCCGGACGACCCCGGCAGAUUCGCCAAGCUGCUGCUUCGCCUGCCAUCCAUCCGUUCGAUCGGUCUUAAAUGUCUGGAGCAUCUGUUCUUCUUCAACAUGACCGGUGACAUGCCGAUCGACGAUUUCCUCCUGGAGGUGUUGGAGUCUCCGUCAGAUCCUUAGGAGCAGAAGGUGUGCCGCGUCCUGGGGCACACCGACUUUUAAGAAAAAAAGAAGAGGACGAAGGAUACGACGGGAAGAAGAGGAAUAGAAACCAGCAUACAAGUUGAGUUUCGUGUAUUCGAGGUGCAACGAUCUCUGUAGUGCAGCGGGACCUUCUCAAUACGCUGCAAUACAGAUUAUCCGCGCAUCGGGCGAGGUGGAAUUUACUUACUUCACUUUACCGUUCGACAUUUCCCUUCUUCCGUUCCCCCCUUUCUCCACCUUCCCUCGUUCCGUCCUAUACCCUCCUUCCUCCUUUCCUUUUUCUCGCUAUUAUUUAUAUUAGAGCUUAGCGACUCUCGUGUCCAUCGUAAGGAGGCGGUCUUACUCAGCCGAUUCGGGAAUCUCGAAUGUCGACGACGCGAACACACGCAUACCCGAUAACGCAACAACGACCCAACGACGGUGUGCGUGGGUACGCGCACUUCUGUAUUCUUUUUCCACGUUAAUGAACCGUGGGUUCAUCAUUGUACGAAAAAGCUGCAGGUCUAUCUGUAGGAUACGAGCAAUUAUCAUUACUAAUCGCUGCCUCUUUAGUCUGCGACACGUGUCGUGCCAUGAUCCGAGCGGAUAAAUCGUGUCACGCACACGAUACUUCGCGCCGACGAUCGAUCCUUGCUUCGGACAGACGUCGCGUCUUCGUCAGACAUUUCUUCGCAUCUUUCACAGUCACAGAAGUUCCUAGAGUAAUUAAGUUUCUUUUUUCUCUAUUUUGCACUUUGUUACCUUCGGGUCCCUCCCUCCCUCCUUUCUCUCUCUCUCUCUCUUGCUCUCUCCCUUUUGUCUUUUUGCAAUCUCUCUCUUUCUGUCUUUCUUUCGACGAUGUAAUCAUAGAUCGCUUCAACGAUCUACGUUCAUGGCGACGAAGACGCGACCUGUGCUCGCGAGUAAUUCGGACACCUUUACAUUCCAACUCUGCCUCGAUUCGGAUCGUUACUUUAAAGAGCCACUAUUUGCAUAUUGAUAUAUAUGUAUAUAUACAUGCAUAUAUAUAUAUAUAUACAUAUACACUCACACGUAUACAUACAUACACAUAUAGACACUUGCAUCCAAUGCGUAUCCCUUUACGCCCAACGCGCAAGUUAAUGAUAAUUUAUUGUUUUGUAUUUUAGACCAUAGGAGAGAAAAGUGAACUUAUUACUAAUUCGAGUUUAAUUAUUAUAUCGAAUACGCUCCUUGUAGCUCCUCUUUUUUUAUGGACAACAAACUAACGACGAAGCGUGCGAGAGCGAAGUAUUUACUUCCAAUCAAGGUGUUAGGGUUUCCGUUCUUUUUCUCUCUUCUUUCUUAUUUUACUACUUUCUUUUUAUAAAAUUCACGCUUGUAACACGCGUAUAUAUGUAUAUGUACUCAGAUCUUUUUUCUUUUUUUUUUGUUAACACUUAGGCAGGUUUCAAGCGACAAACGUGACAGACUCUUGUCGAGUGAACAUUUUGCAGUAAUGAAAUGCUGUCUUCUUCUGGUACAAAUUUGACAUGGCAGCAAAUAGAGUAGAAUAUAGACGGUUUCUUUUAUUCUUUUCUUUUUUUCAUAGUUUACUGGCAGUGAGAUUUGUUUUUCCCCAUCCCCUCUCCUUUGGAGAAAAUGCACGAUAAAUACAGAUUAAAAAAAAAGAUUAAGAUACAAGAUGCUCUCGAACCUCUGAAGAGAAGAGACGUUUGCAAGAUGUAUAAUUAUACUAUAAAUCGUAGAGUACGAUAAGAAUUAACAGAUCGUGGACAGAAUUAAGAUAGGACCCUACUCUCGUUGUUAGUAAUUUACAGAAAUUACGUAUCACAUGACGUGAGCUGAAAGAUCCGACAGAUUUGUAACUUACGCGAGCGAGCACGCGUAAAGUGCUUGCGUGGCUGCUUAUUUUCGAAAUUUGAAUAUUAUUAUAUAUGUAGAAAUAUGUACAAAACGUAUACAUACACAUAUAUAUGUAUAUAUACAUAUGUUUCUCUCUCUCUCUCUCUCUCACGAUUGUUCGUUAUUAUCUGUUAACUAUUUCUAAUUUGUAAAAAUCGGAUUAUUAAUAAACUUAAAGUAAAAUAAACUUAUGUUAAACGUGGAGGUAGCUCCAUAGAAUCGUCGUCGGAUUUUUGAUAGCUUUUUAUGUCGACGUUACGUUGACUUAGUUUCUCGUUUUGGAAAAAUUUUUAGAUGUGUAACGGUUAUAUAGUAAUGUCGUUUUUUAUUAUACAUUUUUAAUAGAUACAUGAAUGUUUAUAACGUUUACAUGCAAACAUUUAUAUGUGUAUCCGUACUCCUAAUGAAUUUACGAAUUGUGAGACGUUAACUGAGAUGUAACAUAUAAUUAUGUUGUAAAAUACGAGAUGUAAAGCUAUUUUUUUAUUUUGAAUAGCUGUGGGAUAUAAAUGUUCGUCGGAUAUUGUACAAAAUGAUACUUUCCGGAUUCUUUCAGCUCCAAUCAUUGAUACGAUUUACUCUACUACUCUACUACUCUAGAAGCAGUAAGGGAAUGAUCAUACUUACUUCAAUAAUAUAAAUUAUGAUAAUAUUAUUGUAUAUUAUUAAACAUAUUUCUAUUUUUGCGUGAAUGCCUACGAUUGUUAGUUGUUGGUUAUUGUUAUCUACUUGAUGAAAGUUUUUAAUGUUAUGCGUACCGUGGAAAACAAACACAAUAUUAAAUUCAUAAUUUUUUUUAUGACAUGCUGGAGUUACUGUUCAUUUCAGAUGCCUGUUUUUAACAGUUUCGAGGUAUUCAAGGGAGACGAGUAUUUGUAGUGUAUGUUUCGAACGCGGUUACGCGCAGCAAUAUCGAAUGUGUUGUAAAAAAAAUCGACUUAAUUUCUUUUUUUAAUUAAAAUUAAUAUGUACGAUUCGAGUCAUUUUUCAUUUGUUAAGUAGGAAUGCGCAGAUUAAAAGCCAAGAUUCUCUGUUGACGGUUCAUUAUUUGAUUAUACAAUUGUUAGUUCUUGUCACAAUUUUUACUUUUAUCGACGAAGCACCUGACCAAAAUUACCUCUGAACAAGUCGCGCGACUAGCGAUCACCUCUUCAAAUUCCUCACAAAAUAUAAACGACGCUGUAAGUGACCAUUAGGAUUGGUGGGCGCGAAUGCUACCUGUGAAUGAAGUUUCAUAUAAAAAUAUAUAAAUGUUAAAAGAAGCAGAUAUAUCUAUACAUAUAUAUACAUAUAUAUAUAUAUAUAUAUAUAUAAAAAUAAUAUAUGAAUAUACAAAUUCUUUCACAAAUACAAACACGACAACCUCAGUAGUGAUCAGGAAGAGAAGUUUGACAAAGCUAGCUUGACAGAUUAAUGAAACUAUGUCCUGCGAUCAGAUGAUACAUUUAUAUAAGGUAAGAGGACUUCACAAGAGUGGUCUUUGGAAUGCCGUCGUGAUGUCUGCUAAUGCAUAAAUGAUGCGCCGUGCUUCGCGCGCGCGAGAUCGUCUGUCUGUACCGAGUAAACUUAAAUGCUUUUGCCAUACUUCUUCGAAGUAUCAUAGAGAGAUGGUACGAUAUGCUCAAAUUGUGUGUAGUAACGGUUUUACCUAAAUACCCCAGUGUCCUAGAAUGGAAGAAUCGGGUGCGCCGUAGUCCUUCUGUACAGUGAAACGACGUUACGUUCUGAUCUUGCAAUCUCGUUGUACCUUUUUGCUUUUUGUCUUGUACUUAUAUGCGACCACCACCUCCUGAUUACUGAUACAUUGCUCUCUCAAUCUUGUUGCAUGUCUCUUCUGUCUUGCGUAAUAAUAAUAAUAACAAUAAUGUAACUUGCGAACGAUUCAGCAGCGACUAACAUGUUUUUUCAACUUGUACGUAAAGGAAUCUCGGUAUCUCUCGCGAAAUACCGUUCCACCGUGUACGGUAUAUUUAUAUAUCUGUAAACCAGUGACGAACGUUGAUCAUUUUGUAGCAUACAAGAGACCCAUCUACGCACCCAUUCUACAUAGAUCAGUACAAAUAAGUUUAAUAAUAGUAAUAACGAUAAUAGUAAUAAAUAAUAAUAAUAAUAAUAACGAUAAUAGUAAUAAUAACAAUACCGAUAAUAUACUGUUUUACUCUUUAUCGAGCGUGUAAGGUAUACCCAACUUAACAAAUAGUAGCAGGUGUCCUACUAAAUACCGUACCUUUAAAGAGCUAAACUGUAAGCCAGUAUGUGUUACAUCUAUGUAUAAACGUCGUACAAUUUACAAUUUAUGGGCAAUCGCUAAUUAAGAGAACGCUGAUAAGUUAACUCUCGUAUGACUGCCAUUACGAUCAAAUAUUAUUUCUGAACGUUCACGCAACGCGAUGCGACAGUGAUCCAGAGGCCGAUCGCCGAUCUUUCUCAGCCCUUCUGGCAACCGCGCGGUCGGGCACGUUUGCGGCGCGAGGCGGCGAUUGUCCGCUCGCGAUCCCGAACCCAGGUGUUCGCGAUCGUGAGCGACGCUGCGAACUAAGGAGAACUCUUCGAUUUGUAAAACCGAUUGGAUAUACUCGUGAGCUAAUUAUGUAUGUCGAUAAAUGUUGAAUGUAACAUUCCACUUUCUAGGGGAUAUAAUCCUUAAUCCUUAAUCGGCGAACGUGUGCGAAUGCCUGUAAAGCAACGAUCGCUUCGUUUCCUCGUACGACAUAGGUCCCGUGAUCGCUCCGUUUCUCUUGUAAGAACUCUUUCGAAGCACCUACGGAUCCUCGAUGUGUGAUCCUCCUCACUUUACUCUGAUUCUGUUUUCUCUGCCUUCUUUCGUCGGAGCGAGACGUGUGUUGUACGAUGCUCGGUCGCAAAAGAAUCGAUAUUAAUUUAUUUCACUGGCUUUAAUAUCCAACGACACUAUAUAUGGUUGUGCUCCGUAGAUAGCAAAGCAAUAUAAUUAUACAUAUAUGUACACACGAGCAUAUACAUGUAUGUAUCCCUUGAGAGAGCGAGAGAGAGAGAGAAAGAGAAAGUCCAUCUUUUACUCUACCUUUUUAAACUAUAAGUUAUCAGUUUCGUUUAGUGGGACAUUUUCAAUUCGCGCAUCUCAUUGUAGACUUACGAGAAAACUCUGUCUCUACAUACUUAUACUAUUUACUAUUACUACUACUACUACUACUACUACUACUACUACUCAACUACUAAGAUACGCUUUUGUAAAUGUAAACACCUUUUUUCAAAUAACGGUACGGAACAUGUGCAAAGUAUCACGUACGGUGGCGUCAAGUUCUCAGGUGAGGAGAGCAAACGUUUUAGAAACAGUAAGAGUAAUAUAUUCACAAGAGAGAAAGAGAGAGAAAGAGAAAGAGAGAAAGCGUAAACGCAAUGAGGGUAAUAUAAAGUAAUAUGUAGAAAAAAACAGUGAGAAAAAACCAGACGUAGAGGGGGGGCAAGAAAGAGCGAGCGAGCGAGCGAGAGAUUCAGAGAGAAAGAGAGAGAGAGAAAGAUUGAGAGGAUGAGAGAAAUUUGUUGCGGCGGCAAGAAUGUGCAAAAGCAAGGUAGUGAGUGUACUUGUACAACACAGUGUGGCUAGUAACAAUCCCUGAGUAAAGAAAUAUAAUGUACGGUUUCGCGCCAAGAGAUAGAUCGUCUAUUCUGACUUAUCUAAAUAUAAUAUUUUUAUGAAGUGAAC